UAGUCACAGUGAAAUACAUUUUGUAGAAGUCUAUGCGUGCGUUUCGUUGGUAAUUAGAUGAUAUCUGACUGUCUGUGGUUAGCUUACAUAGUAGUGCAAAGGAUCGGCUCCACUCUGUUUCAUCGAUGACACGUCAGAUGAAGGGUUUCCAGACGCUGGGAGCACUUCCUGCAAUCCCAUCUUCAUCAUCCUCGGGGAUGGAUUUGAAGAUGUAGCCAAGAGUGACGUGGGUCGUCUUUGCAGAAUCACCAUAGCUGCCGAGGCCUAAUCUGACUACUCGACUCUACUCUCCGCCACCUUAAUUCUGGAGCGCUUUGGGCCCUAGCCCGGGCUGCCUUGGUCCCCAGUCCGCCCGUCGCCGGUUGAAGGCCCUCCUGUCCUCAGCGAUGCUGUUCUCCCUGAGGGAACUAGUCCAGUGGCUGGGCUUUGCCACCUUUGAACUCUUCCUCCACCUGCUGGCCUUUCUGGCCUUCAGCAUGCUGGUCGCUCUGCGGGCCGACAUGUUCGCCCCGACGCUGAGCUGGUGGCUGGUGUUCGUGCCGCUGUUUGCCGCCGACGGCCUCAGCGCCUACUUCACGGCCAUCGUGUCCAUCCGCCUCUACCAGGAGAACGAGAAGCGGCUCGCCGUGCUGCGGCUCCUCUGGGUGCUGACGGUGCUCAGCCUGAAGCUGGUGUGCGAGGUGCUGCUGUGCCAGAAGCUGGCGGAGCAGGAGCAAGCCAGAGACCUGUGGUUCGGCCUCAUCGUGUCGCCGCUGUUCAUCCUGCUGCAGCUGCUGAUGAUACGAGCGUGCCGCGUCAACUGAGGAGAGGCGGCGCGCUCGGAUCAUCGGCGCGGGAGCGAAGAGCUAUCUCCGUCCGCCGUUGGAGAUUUAAAGCAUAACUGUGGCGUCAUUUCUCUUUUGGCUCAUUGCUAUUUCAUUCACGUUUCUCACGUUUCAGAAUGGAGUUUGUUUACAUGUGUGUGUGUCUCUGGGAGCAAUGAAAUGAACACACUUUUUUACUGCUCGCUUAAGUUGUAAUGCAGUACUUCUUCUUCCCAGAAGAAUGGAGGCUGUUGAUUUUGGAACAAGAACAAUAGGGGCACCACAAACCUUUUUGACAUGUCGCAUAAACCUCUCUAAUGGUCCCAUUGCGAUGCUAAACCGUCGGUUGAUUUUAAAGACUGAAUGUGGGCGUUAAUUGCAACUAGACGAUGCAUAUCAAUACACAUAACUGUUCUUCUGAGCCCCUUUACAUCAGGCUGGAUUACUGCUGUGCUUUUUUUUCUCAAUACUUUUAGGAAUGCAAAGAGUCGUGUUUUCGUGCAUUGUGCAAUCAACGUUCAGACGAUGAGCCGUGAGGAAAACAAAUGUACACCACAGUUAUGUUUUAAUGCACAAGCCACAUGUAAAGAUAAUGAACGGGUGAACACCUAAAGGCUGUAAUGCCCCAGACACAUAUUUGGGUAGCAGAGCCCCCCCCCCCUCCCCCUCAAGAGGAAGACAUUGCUUGCCUGCGCCAUUUGUUGAGGUUUACUCUCAUGUGACUCACUUUGUUGCCUGUUGCAAGGAGUGUUGCGCACACAGUCUCCCCCUCCCUUGUCCCUCGAGCUGCCCGGCUCGUCAAGUCCAUGAAGGAGAACGGUCUGAACGGCGAGACGCUGGUUCUGAAGCGUGUUCUGGGCUCAGUCUCACCCCGAUGGAGAAGAAGUGAGUGUGAGUUCUGCCCAACGUCUUCCCCCGUGUAUUGCUGUUUAUUUGUACGAUAUGUAAUGUAUUUGAUCUCGAGUUUGAUCUUCCCGUGUGUAUGUACUGCAUGUAUUUAAGGCCUCAUUUUUUAAGGGUAAUUCACGAUGUGAAAUUUCGCGUAAUAUUUACAUGUUUUGUUUUUUUUGGAAAUAAAUUCACGGAACCUUUAUUUAUGUUAAUAUGUUCUCGUCAUGGUGUAAAUAAAACAUCAACAUUUA